CAGUAGUUUGUAUACAGGUGUGUAGACUUAGAAUGCCAUUAGGAUGAGCCUAAAACACCUCAACAACAAAGCAAACAUGUUGUACGAAAAGAAGAAUUCGGGAGGCAGGAUUUGAUUAACCGUUGGACUUGUAUUGCGUAUAUAUGUCUGUAUGUUUGUAUAUUACCUUCUGUGUACAUGCAGGAAAGCUUUAAAGGAAGCAGGAUUUUCUUUGCAUAAUUCAAAUUGUGUUGAUAUACUACAUUGACAUUAGACAAGUGUAAAUUUCUGUGGUGGGAAAAAAAUGUUCAUGGGUGACUUUUGUCAUUGAAGAGGAACUUUUUGUCUUUAAGGAGUUCUGAUUUUUUUUAUAAACAAAAAUUACUCAGUAUCUAGAUAGUGAAUGAAUUUUUCAUAUCAUUUUCCGCUUGAGUAGGAAUGUGACGCUCUGAAUACCUCCAAAGAAAAUACAUACUCUUCAGUCGACAGCCUGUUAAAUGGACUUAAAUAGUGUAUUGCUUACAAUUAAGUGACACCAAAGGAGUGAGAAAUUUGUUUAAAUGCACUGAGAUUGAUGCGUCGAGAUAAUUGAGUAAAGAGACAACUUUCUGUGUCAGUCUGAUGCAUCUGGGGUCACGGAAGCCGUCAAUAUUGACGAAUCUGCGAACACCUGGCAGAGUUUUGGUCACCUAUUAAUUUACCUGUGUGGCACAUCGGGGGUAGGCAGGGCGAGCUGGAAGAGAUUAUACCUGCUGAAACAGGACACUGGAAGUUUACAACUGUUUACUAAGUGUUACAGCCCAGAGAUGACAUCUUGAUAUUUUUAAAGUCAAAUAUUUCACCGGGCUUGACCCCAUUUGUGGAAAAUAGACCUGAAUUGCAUGCUGCAGGUAUAUGAUAUAUACAUCAGAGAGGGACACACCUGUGUAUUGCUGAUUCUCUAGGUGUACUAUCCUGGUCAUAUUCAAUAUUUGUGUCAGGAUAAUUUGAUGUCAAUUCGCUGUGGGCCGAUUUUCAGACUGGGAAGCAGUGUGGUAGUGAUGUAAUGGUUUUUUUUUUUCUUGUUACCCAAUUAUUGAUUUUCAGUUAACUUGUACUGCAUUGAACACUUCUGCUGGGAGAAAAAUUAACCCUCUCCCUUCGAAAAAGGGAGGAAAUAUUGAUAGUACCAGGAAUUUUUUCUGUUUGACGUGAGUUUGGAUUUGUUUUGUCGUUGGAGGGGAGUCAUUUUGUGAACCAUCAUGACCCAUCUCAAGAAAAAGCCAGGAUAUCUCAGACUUCAGUCUCUCGGAGAGAAUACCGAGAGUGACUUAUUUCAGAGGCGGCGAUUGCAUUUUGACGACGGUCAUGAUGCUAUAAAUGGAAUGGAGGGGGUGUACCCUCUAAACAGUAGCAACAUGUCGUAUGGUAAUGGGGCGUUGUGUCACAGAUGUCAUGAAGGAUUCGGCGCCAAUGAGGAAAUAGUCAACUCCAAUGGAGAGGUGUGGCACACCCAGUGUUUUGUAAGUCAGAGAAAAGCAGCUACUAGGGCAGCCCAGAGCUACGCAUGCUCAAAAUGUCACGAGACUCUGUCUCCGUGGGAACAGAUGGUGAACUUUAACGGUCGGGUGUGGCACACGGCCUGCUUUGUCUGUGCCCAGUGCUUCCAACCAUUUCCUGAGGGAGUGUUUUAUGAGUUUGAGGGUAGGAAAUAUUGUGAGCACGACUUCCAUGUUCUUUUCGCACCAUGCUGUGGAAAAUGCCGGGAGUUCAUCGUGGGACGAGUCAUUAAGGCCAUGAACAACAGCUGGCACCCCGACUGCUUCCUGUGUGAGAUCUGCACCGCACCGCUUGCUGACGAGGGCUUUGUCAAGAACGCUGGAAGAGCCCUGUGCCGUGAAUGCAAUGCCAAAGAAAAAGCCAAGGGGAUGGGGAAAUAUGUGUGCCAUAAGUGUCAUGCCAUCAUUGACACCGGACACAUUAAGUUCAGGGGGGAGGCCUACCAUCCCUACCACUUCAAUUGUUCCUCUUGUGGCCAGGAGCUUAACGCUGAUGCUCGAGAGAAGUCAGGAGAGCUGUACUGUUUACGCUGUCACGACAAAAUGGGUAUCCCCAUCUGUGGAGCCUGCAGGCGUCCUAUUGAAGAGAGAGUGGUACACGCAUUAGGAAAAGCCUGGCAUGUGGAGCAUUUUGUCUGUGCCAAAUGUGAGCGGCCAUUUUUUGGAACUCGUCACUACGAGAAGAAAGGGCUGGCCUAUUGUGAGACUCAUUACCAUCAGCUGUUUGGGAACAUCUGUUUUGUCUGUAACAACGUGGUGACGGGAGAUGUGUUCAGUGCCUUUAACAAGUCGUGGUGUGUCGGCCAUUUUGCUUGCUCUAUUUGUGACAGGAAGAUGAGCCAUAAGACCAAGUUCUUUGAGUUCGACCUGAAGCCUGUGUGUCGUGUUUGUCACGAAAAGUUCCCAGGCGAACUGAAAAAGAGGCUGAAGAAGUACCAUGAGGAGGUAUCCAAGAGACAGAUCAUGUCCAACAGUUAAGGGGUUAUCUGCCCCUGUAAUCGGCGCAGGCCAGCGCUUAAAAGCAUGGGACGGAAUCGUGGAGGGAACAGAAAGGACAAAUAAAUACUACAUACAGUGAGAAAACGAUGUGCAAGAUUCGAUUUUGAAACUGAAAUUAACGUCUGGAACCUUAAUGUUUUUUCUUGUUUUGAAAUUUGGGCUUUGUUUUGUAGUUUAUACCAUGUAUUUGAGAUGUUGAUAUAGCCUCUGUUGACUGUAGCUUUCACAGUGUCCCGUGUUAACUAGUUGGUAGUAGUCCUUUAUCGGCACAUUGUUCUGUAUCUAGCUUUGCAAAGAAGGAUAAGUAUUAAUUAUAAAGUUAGCAGCUUUUUGAAAUUAGAAGAAAUUUUUGAAGUUAUUUAUCAGCAUUAGUUUGAUUAUAAAUUAUGCAGCUUUUUGAAAUUAUGAAUACAUAUUUUAAUUUUAAAAUAUACUUCAGCACCCUAGCAGAUGUGAAAAUUCUUUUGCAUCUUUGUUAUUCAUAUUUGCUGAGCAGAUUAUGCCUUUUGUAGCAUGUAUAAACAGUCCAUAUCUUUACUCUUUCAAAGAUUUUUAAUUUUUAUGAAAUUCGGCUGGAAUAUUCAUUGAAUCGGUGCUUGGUUUAUAUGCGGUGUGAAUAAUUUGUGUGAAUUUCUGAAGCUUAUCUCCCUUUGACAGUGAAAUCUGUGUGCUGAUUGUCAAUUUUAAUUUUAUCAGUUUUUCUCAUAUCAGCAUGAUUUAGAGAUGUCGGAGAAAUCGUAUGUUUGUAGUUGGACUAGAAGAAUUAGAGAAUGUUUGAAAGAAUAUGUAUAUACAUGUACAUGUAUUCAGUUCAAAUCAUUUUCCUUGUUAUGAGUUUAUAAAUGACCAUGAUGUGUGACAAUCUCUUAUUGUUUAGGAUGUAGUUUUCAAAGAUAUCCCGAGAUGUUCUGUUUUUUAAUUGAUGGAAGGUUUACUCUCGAUAUACAUAUAUUUGUGAAGGGGAAAUAUUUUAGAAUGAUAUCAUGCUAUUAUUGCAAGGGAGGACAACUCUGCUUUGCUUAGAAUUCUUGCAGCUCUAUCAAGAAAAAGAACGUUCUUGUUUUUACUUUAUUAUCAGCUAUUUUGAUUAAUUGUUUUAAUUAUAUAUUUUUUCUGAUUAUAUACCCAGUAGGUUCUUUAAAAUGCAUGAUAAAUGUCUGUGAUGGUCCAUUGUAUGUGUAUAUUACUAUAUAAUGUUUGUGUACAUAUGUGUAUAGAUGUCUAUUUAUAAAAUAUAUACUGCAAACACCACA